AUGGACAAAAUUCCUUAUGCUUCUACAGUAGGGAGUAUCAUGUAUGCUCAAGUCUACACUCGACCAGACAUAGCUUAUGUGGUAGGCAUGCUUGGUCGAUACCAAAGUAAUCCAGGUAUUGAUCAUUGGAAAGCAGUUAAGAAAGUAUUGCGUUAUUUGCAAGAGACUAAGGACUACAUGCUUACAUACAGAAGAACAGAUAAUCUAGAGAUUAUUGGUUAUUUUGAUUCCCAUUAUGCUGGCUGUAAGGAUACCAGAAAGUCUACAUCUGGGAAGAUAAUCAUAAACAGGGUGCACAAUGGGGAAUUCAUGUCAGAAUGGUGGCUACUCCCUUACGUGCUGAAGCUGAUGUACAAUAUAAUUUCCCCACUAGCUGCCACCAUCCCUACAUAUCUAUCACUAUCAUCCAGCCCUGAUCCCAAGGGACCCACCAUUUGA